CACACGAGACUUCCCUCCGUUCAUAGAAUCAGUUUUGAACCCAAAGAGCGGGCAGCUGAGAUCGGAGAAUCGUCUCUUCUCUCUUCCUUUCAACGCCAUCGCCAUCUCCUUCUCCUUCUUCUUUUUCAGCUUUUGAAAUAAAAUGGCAGAUGGUGAGGAUAUUCAGCCACUCGUCUGCGAUAAUGGGACAGGAAUGGUUAAGGCUGGAUUUGCCGGAGAUGAUGCUCCCAGGGCUGUGUUUCCCAGCAUUGUUGGUCGUCCCCGUCACACAGGUGUGAUGGUUGGCAUGGGCCAAAAAGAUGCAUAUGUUGGGGAUGAAGCUCAGUCCAAAAGAGGUAUAUUAACUCUCAAAUAUCCCAUUGAGCAUGGUAUUGUGAAUAACUGGGAUGACAUGGAGAAGAUCUGGCAUCACACCUUCUACAAUGAACUCCGUGUGGCUCCAGAGGAACACCCAGUUCUGCUCACGGAAGCACCUCUCAACCCAAAGGCUAAUCGUGAGAAAAUGACCCAAAUUAUGUUUGAGACCUUCAAUACCCCUGCCAUGUAUGUUGCCAUUCAGGCUGUUCUAUCCUUGUAUGCUAGUGGCCGCACAACUGGUAUCGUUCUAGACUCUGGAGAUGGUGUCAGCCAUACUGUCCCCAUUUAUGAGGGGUAUGCCCUCCCUCAUGCCAUCCUCCGUCUUGACUUAGCAGGGCGUGAUCUCACCGAUGCCUUGAUGAAAAUCCUUACUGAGCGUGGUUAUUCCUUCACCACCACAGCGGAGCGUGAAAUUGUAAGGGAUGUAAAGGAGAAGCUGGCUUAUAUUGCCCUUGAUUAUGAGCAAGAGCUUGAAACUUCAAAAACUAGCUCUGCUGUUGAGAAGAGCUAUGAGUUGCCUGAUGGACAGGUCAUCACCAUUGGAGCAGAGCGUUUCCGGUGUCCUGAAGUUCUCUUCCAACCAUCCAUGAUCGGAAUGGAAGCUGCAGGCAUUCAUGAGACCACAUACAAUUCAAUUAUGAAGUGCGAUGUGGAUAUUAGGAAGGACUUGUAUGGAAACAUCGUUCUCAGUGGUGGUUCUACCAUGUUCCCUGGUAUUGCCGACAGAAUGAGCAAGGAAAUCUCAGCUUUGGCCCCAAGCAGCAUGAAGAUUAAGGUAGUUGCUCCACCCGAGAGAAAGUACAGUGUCUGGAUUGGUGGCUCUAUCUUGGCUUCUCUCAGCACUUUCCAACAGAUGUGGAUUGCUAAGGCAGAGUACGAUGAGGCUGGUCCUUCAAUUGUACACAGGAAAUGCUUUUAAAUGCUGCGGGUUGGCUUGGUGAAAGAAAAUACCUCGUUUUAUUUAACUGAGAGGAAAAAAAAGUGGACUUUGAUGGCAGAGUAAAUUCUUUCAUUUGUUUUGUUUUAUUAUUGGCAUUUUUUAACAGUUGACAUUUUGACCAUAAAUCAACGCCAUUCAACUUUUUACUG